AUGGUCCGACGGGGAACAUCAGCUGCCAAAUGGAAAAGACUCACUGCAGCGUUUCAACCAUUUUAGCGUAUUUUGUUUUACUGGAAGCUUUAAAUGACCAAGAAGCAUAAUAGUAUUGUCCGAAACGUAAUUAUAAAAACAUUUCCACUUUCUUGCAUGAAAUCGCCUUCUACUUUGCGUAAAGGAGCCACAUGAGCGCUACAAUGGCUACAUUUUUGAUUGAUUCUCAUGUGGAUUUGUUUUUGCACUAAAAUUUAGAAUUUAUAAGGUCGCUGUUUAAAUAGCAUCGCUGCUUUGUGUGGCUUGAACAUUAUAUUUGGUAAGAAUGUGCUGACAUAUCAAAAUCGCGUCUAAUAUCUAGUCCUGCUCUGGACACGGUGUUAGCUCCCAGGGCUAAGCUAACGUUGUUUACAUCAUGGACAGAGAGGCGUAUCGAAACUGCUGCAGCCUCGUCAAAAUCACUAGGCAGUCCUAUGAACAGUUUUGGUCUUCACAUUUCGUAGAUUAUAUUGACAAAGACCUGAGCUAUUCCAAAUUUUUCCGUAAAUAUCUCCUCCCCAAUCACCCGUGCAUGUUUUCAAAAAGGUUUACUCAGGAGUGGAGGUGCAGGCAGCAGUGGGUGACAGAGGAGGGAAAGCCUAACUUCCAGAAACUGCUGCAAGAAUUUGACCAGACUCCUGUGCCUGUAGCAAACUGCAAUGCAAAAGAAUACAAUGCAAAUCCCAAGCAAGCUAUGCCUUUUAAAGAAUUUAUACAAUAUUGGAAGGAAUACAUUCAGAAUGGACACUCUUCUCCAAAGGGAUGCCUCUAUCUCAAAGACUGGCACAUGACAAGAGAUUUUCCAGAACAUAACAUGUACACCACUCCUGUUUUCUUCUCCUCUGACUGGCUCAACGAAUACUGGGAUCACCUUGAAGCGGAUGAUUACAGAUUUGUAUACAUGGGUCCUAAAGGCUCAUGGACCCCUUUCCAUGCGGAUGUGUUCCGCUCCUACAGUUGGUCUGCAAACAUCUGCGGCAGAAAGAAAUGGCUUCUGUAUCCCCCGGGUCAAGAAGAGUUUUUAAGAGACACUCACGGGAACCUGUCAUACGACGUAACCUCAUCGGAACUGCAAGACAAAAGCCUGUACCCGCACUCUGAAGAAGCCUGUCAGCCUUUAGAGAUAAUUCAAGAGGCGGGGGAAAUUAUUUUUGUGCCGAGUGGCUGGCAUCAUCAAGUUUAUAAUCUGGAGGACACGAUCUCGAUCAAUCAUAACUGGUUAAACGGCUGUAAUAUUGACAUCAUGUGGCAGUUUCUUCAGAACGAACUGUCAUCAGUGCAGAAAGAGAUUGAAGAGUGGAGAGACACUAUGGACUCAUGGCAUCAGCACUGUCAGGUGAUCAUGAAGGCCUGUUCUGGGAUAGACUACUCGGAGUUUGGCUCAUUUCUUAAAAUCAUUGCCGACAGCCGUAUAACCUUUUUGAAUUCGUGCUCCUCUUCGAAUUCCUCAGAAUACCCCCGGCACCAGUCCGAAGCCCUCUGCAACCUUGGGUCUUACCACGCGGCCUUUGACCUACAGAGAGUGGCCCACACCAUUGAAAGUCUCCUGUGUAACGAAGACUUUAAGAGGCUAGAUCACUCCACCAUGAUCCUACAGCCUGACGCACUGUUACAGCAGAUUAAAGACACCAUACAGUCCACCAGUGGGCAGCACCUGCUUUAUCAAGAGUGAAAUGGCAGCAACUAUUAUGAACAAUAUCUACACUUGCUCUCAAAAGAGUGGUUAUAGAGCUCAACAGUGCUCAGUCUCCUCUGGUUUUGGAUGUGAAUUUACUAUCAUUAUUCCCAUUAUAAAAAAUAUAGAUUCAAAGUUUAAAAACUCACAGGUGAAUCAGCUAUGGGGUAACAAACAUAAAAAGCUUACAUGUUUCAACUUAAAUAAUUUGAAAUGUGUAAAGUAGAGGUGGGAUAUAUUGAAAAGUAGAUCUGGGUUUGGAGCUAUUUAAAAGUGAGAAUAUUGAUAUAGUUUGUAAAGAAAAGUGACUGAAACAUUUCUCAUCUCCCAAAUAAGGAUUUAAAGUGAUAAUUCUGCACAUUUGAGGUUCAUUUUAGGCUCCAUUCACAUUUUUGUUCAAUACUUGAACCUCAACCAAGACAUUUACAGGCACAUUUUAUCCCAUUCCUGAUGCUUUAUCAAAAUAUCAUCUGAAAAUCAUUGUCAAUGCUCCAAAAACAUAUCUAGGUAUUAUAUUUUUGUGUAUAUCGCCUCCUAUAUGAAAGACAACUUCACAAACAAAAGAUUAAUGGAGAACAGGGCCAGAGCCAGAGAUUUUUGGUUGGAGAAGCUAAGGGAGAGGGCUAUGGUCAAUGUGGGUGCUCACUUAACAUGAGCCUUUUAACAAUGGAGUGUAUUAAAAUUAUUGUACGGAUUUAUUUUAUGACUAUUAAAUGGGGAAAAAUGUACUGAAACCAGAUGUGGGUGUGCAAGUUUGAGAUUCAGAAAUGGUGAAGGGUCAGUGAGACUUUAGCUUGUUCAGCUUGGUGCUAUUUGAACAUCCUAGAUUUAAUUUGUGUUUGAAUGAGAGCAUUUGGCCAAGAGCGUUUGGCUGUGGUUGUUGCACUGGAAGGAAAAUAAAUAAUUAAACUUUCUGGG